GAACCCGCGCGUGUCACCGAGAAGACGGCCGCACCAGUAAACAGCUCUGAACGAAUACCAGCAUUUCGUUCGGUUUCGGUCCCUGGGAUCGUUUUUUUCCCCCUUCCGGACCGGAGCUGUCCGCGGUGCUGAAUCAUGAACCAAAGCGCGGGAGCAGCGCAGCACAGCCGGCGGUACUCCAGCGACGAAAAGGACAUUGGACCCGUAGGACCCAUCGGAGGAGACAGAAACUGGAAGGGCAUCGGCAUCUCCCUGCUGGUUAUUUUUUCAGUGCUGUCUCUCAUUGGUCUGUCCAUCGUUCUGCUGUCAAGGGCUGACGGUGGUAAACCUUAUGGUUCCCAGUUGACACUGGAUGACCUCUUUCAAAGAAACUUUCAAAUACAUGAUCCUGAAGCAAAGUGGAUCAGUGAGGAGGAGAUCAUCUUUCGGAGCUGGGAUGGAGACAUUCUGAAACUCAGCACGCGCCGCAACGACACGGAGCUGCUGCUGAAGAACACAACAUUUUCAACUUUUAAGGCGUCAAAGUUUUCCAUUUCUCAAGAUCUGAACUACAUUCUUCUGGCAUAUGAUGUCAAGCAGAUCUUCCAGCACUCUUUCUUGGCCUCCUACCUGAUCUACAACCUGUAUACAAGAGAGGUGCGGGAGCUGAACCCUCCAGAAGUGUCGGAUUCAGUCCUCCAGUUUGCCUCGUGGGGCAUUCAUGGUCAGCAGCUGAUAUAUAUAUUUGAAAACAACAUUUACUACCAAGCGAAUGUUCAGAGCAGCUCGUGGAGGCUCACGUCUUCCGGUCAGGAGGGCAUUAUCUUCAAUGGCAUCACAGACUGGCUGUAUGAGGAGGAGGUGUUGCACACACAGGUGGCCCACUGGUGGUCACCUGACAGUUCCAGACUGGCCUACCUGAGCAUCAACGACUCCCUGGUUCCCAACAUGCUCCUGCCCCGGCUCACAGGCGCUCUCUACCCCAGGGGGAAGGAGUACCCUUACCCAAAGAUGGGACAAACCAAUCCCACCGUCAGACUCUACGUCGUCACUCUGGACGGCAGCUCCUUCACAACUGAGCUAAGACCUCCGGACAGUUUUAAAAAGAGUGAGUACUACAUCACCAUGGUGAAAUGGGUGACUCGGGACAAGUUGAGCGUGCGUUGGGUGACUCGAGCUCAAAACAUGUCAAUACUUUCCCUGUGCGACGUCACAACAAGUGACUGCACCAAGAAACAUGUGCAGACAUCAGAAAAGUGGCUCAAUCGUCAGAAUGAAGAGCCGGUGUUUGCCAAGGAUUGCACAACAUUCUUCAUCACGAUGCCCUUAAAACACGGUGGUCGUGGGGCAUUCAACCAUAUCACCAUGAUCUCUAACCAAUCUGAAGGCCAGGGGUUCAACCUGCGCCACCUGACCUCAGGAAGCUGGGAGGUCUCUCAAAUUCUGGCCUAUGAUGAGAGUGAAAACUCACUUUAUUUCCUAAGUGCGGAAGAAGGCGCAACACACCGGCAGCUCUACAGAGUCUCCACACUGGAUCCGUUUCAUAAAGAAUGCCUCACCUGCUCUCUCUUCAAAUCAAAGUGCACCUACUACGACACCAUCCUCAGUCCGGACUAUCAACAUGUCCUCCUCAACUGCAGAGGUCCUGAAAUACCACAAACUACUCUGCACAGACUGAACGAUAUGAACAAGUACAAGACGGUGGAGAUGAACAUGGUAUUAAGACAUGCGCUGAUGGACAGGAAGAUUCCCAAGUGGGAAAGGAGAACUGUUCAAAUCAACAACUUUGGACUUCGUCUGGAGUUGAUUGUCCCAGUAGGUCUGGAUGAAACAAAGGAGCAUGCACUCUUACUGAUUCUCAACAGCGCCCCUGGUGGUCAGGCUGUGACCGACCGCUUCUCUCUCAACUGGGACUCGGUGCUGGUCAGCUCAGACAGCGUCAUCAUAGCUCGUCUGGAUGGCCGGGGCAGUGGCUCCCAGGGUCAGAGGAUUCUGCACGAGGUUUACCAGAGACUGGGAACUGUGGAUGUUCAGGACCAGAUCACAGCUGUAGAGCACCUGAUCAGACUACCCUACAUCGAUGGCAACAGAGUUGGAGUUUAUGGAAAGGCAUAUGGAGGAUUUAUUUCCACUCUCCUGCUCCUGUCCCACAGCUCCAUGUUCCGGUGUGGUAUUGCUGUCGCCCCUAUAACAAACUGGAGACUCCAUGGGUCGGCCUAUACUGAGAAAUUCUUUGGCUUCCCGGCGAAAGAGGAUCACAAAUACAAAAUUUCCAGUCUGCUCAGAAACAUCACAGCAUCAAAUCCUCUGAACCUACGAAUUAUCCACGGCACUGCGGAUGCCACUGUUCAUUUCCAGCAUACUGCAGAGUUGGUCAAAAUGCUGUCUGCGUCAAAUGUGAACUACACCCUUCAGAUUUUCCCAGAUGAAGGACACACUAUGGCCUCCACCAAGAGUCAACACUACAUGCUAAACUCAGUGCUCACCUUCUUCAAGCUCUGCCUUGAGGAGGAGCAGGUUGUCGCCCUGGAGAAAUCUAAAGACCACGACUAACCUGACUACGGAGCUCUUGCAGUGAGACCGUUUUCUGAC